ACCCUCAUGGAUGUAUACUUCCUCCGUCCGGAAAUACGAGUAGGUGCCAAAAUCUUCUUCCAUUGCUUCAGCAUUUGCGUCGUUCUCCCGUGUGCACAACGGAGAAAGGGCAGCGAAACGAAGAAAUUGAUGGCGGGAGCCGAGAGCGCGCGGCCGGCGCCUCCGGUGCUGCCGUGGACGGUGCGGCUCCAGGUGCUCGCGCUCGAGGCCUUCUGCGACCUCUCGCAGCGCCGCGACGGCACAGUGAACCGCUCCCUCUUCUCGCUCGCCGACCGGCAGACCUCGGCGAGGCCGCGCCCGGACGCGCUCGGCGUCCGCUCCGUCGACGUCGUCGUCGACCCCGCAAGGAACCUCUGGGCGCGCGUCUUCUCCCCGUCCGCGGAUAACGCUGAGGCCACUCCGCUCCCUGUCCUCGUGUACUUCCACGGCGGCGGCUUCGCGCUGCUCUCCGCGGCGUCCGCGCCCCUGGACGCCAUGUGCCGCCGCUUCUGCCGCGAGCUGGGCGCCGUGGUCGUCUCCGUCAACUACCGCCGCGCGCCCGAGCACCGUUACCCCGCCGCCUACGAUGACUGCGCGGACGUGCUCAGCUACCUUGCCACCACCGGCCUACCUGCCGACAUCGGCGUCCCGGUCGACCUCUCCCGGUGCUUCCUCUUCGGGGACAGCGCCGGCGGCAACAUCGCCCACCACGUGGCCCACCGGUGGACCUCGUCCGCCGCUGCUUCCUCCAAUAACCCCGUCCGCCUCGCCGGCAUCAUCCUGCUGCAGCCGUACUUCGGCGGCGAGGAGCGCACCGAAGCAGAGCUGAGGCUGGAGGGCGUGGGGCCGGUGGUGAACAUGCGCCGCUCGGAUUGGUCCUGGAAGGCGUUCCUGCCGGAGGGGGCCGACCGGAACCACCCGGCAGCGCACGUGACUGGCGAGGCGGGCCCGGAGCCCGAGCUGCCGGAGGCGUUCCCGCCGGCGAUGGUGGUGAUCGGCGGGUUCGACCCGCUGCAAGACUGGCAGCGGCGGUACCCCGCCAUGCUGCGGCGGUACCCCGCCAUGCUGCGGCGGAAGGGGAAGGCGGUGCGGGUGCUGGAGUUUCCGGACGCCAUCCAUGGCUUCUACAUGUUCCCGAAGCUCCCCGACGCCGGGAAGCUCGUCAAGGACGUUAAGAACUUCAUGGAAACCACCACGUGCGACCAUUAAUCCGCUGUGUAGUCGACUCAGCUCGUAUGCAGCCUCGCCGGCGAGAGCUCCAUCGCGUCGGAUGCGAGGGAAAUCUCACUUUCGGUAUUGCUUGCACGUAGCGUUGCGUGGAUGUGCCAUUCCUCUUGUUUGCAGGUGCUUCUCCACCGAUAAUACUACAUUUACGUCAA